UACUUUGUGGCGCGUCGGUGCCCCGAGGAAUUAGCAGCGGCGGCGGCGGCGGCAGCUGCAGGUGCCAGAAAAUAACAGUGGCCGCUGAGCGGUGGGAGUUUCUCGGCCCUGCUGUGUGAGCUGGACAGCCCCAAGGGAGACACCUCGCUAGGAAGCAAAACGCGGGGCGGAGCGGUGAAGCCCCUCCCCCAACCUCUCCUUAGUUUGACCAACUCCCUCUCCCACCCUUCUCUCCCCGUUUUUCCUCCCAGCCCGCUACGCGCUGGCCUGCUGCGCAGGCGCACGAAUACUCGAAGCGCCUCCUUAGCCCUUGGGGCUUGUGGGCUUCUGCGCGCGCUUCCCGUUCUUCUCCCUUGAUUGGCCAGAUUGCCCCGCCAUCACACCUCCCUCUGCUUUUUCUAGGUUGAGAAGGAAGCAGGGGGGCGGGGCCAAGCAGCGCGUGCGCGAUCGUGUUGCUGUCCCUUUGCUGCUAUUGCGUUGCAAAAAAAAUCCUGACUAGGUAGCCUUGCGCCUUUCUGUGCUAGAGGAUCUAAAGGAGAAAGAUUUCUGCAACUGAAGGGGCAGUCGGGUAGUAUUAACUUUAAGAUAUUCAUGCCCGCUCUUAGAGGAGUGUGGGCAACGGCCUUAAGCGUUGAGAGCCGAAGAGUAUAAAACCAUUAAUUUCCGGGCCAGGCGUUUAGAAAGGCUUUGCAGGACCUGUUUUCUGCGCAGUUCUUCCGUGAUUACUGACUGGUUUAAACACAAUCCCUUGAACAAUUCCGAUAAACCGUCGAAAUCCGCAGCCCCUCUUUGCAGCGUGUAGGAGCCGCCAGCGUGCCCAGCAGCUGGUCCUCCCGUCCUACCUCCAGAAGAGCCUAGCGCGUGCACCAUCCCCACCCCCUGGCCCCCCUCCCCACCUGCGGCUUUCACGCACUCGCAGUGAUUGUUUUGCCCGCUCCCGCCGCCGCCGCCGCCGCCGCGGCCGCCAGAGGAGCAGCAGCGCUUGUGCAAACCGGGAAGAUGGCGGCCGGCGGCGGCGGAGGCGGCAGUAAGGCCUCCUCCUCGUCGGCCUCUUCGGCAGGGGCUCUGGAGUCCUCGUUGGAUCGAAAAUUCCAGUCGGUAACUAACACCAUGGAAUCUAUUCAAGGCUUGUCGUCUUGGUGUAUAGAGAACAAGAAACACCACACUACUAUCGUCUACCAUUGGAUGAAGUGGCUCCGGAGAUCUGCCUAUCCCCACCGUUUGAAUCUCUUUUACCUUGCCAAUGAUGUCAUACAGAACUGUAAAAGGAAAAACGCAAUCAUAUUCCGUGAAUCGUUUGCUGAUGUACUUCCGGAAGCAGCUGCUCUAGUGAAGGAUCCAUCUGUCUCUAAGUCUAUAGAACGAAUCUUUAAAAUCUGGGAAGAUAGAAAUGUAUACCCAGAAGAAAUGAUUAUGGCGUUAAGAGAAGCUUUGAGUACCACUUUCAAAACUCAGAAGCAGCUGAAAGAAAAUCUGAACAAACAACCGAAUAAGCAGUGGAAGAAAUCACAAACAUCCACGAAUCCAAAAGCUGCUCUCAAGUCUAAGAUAGUUGCUGAAUUUCGAUCUCAGGCCCUCAUUGAAGAGCUGUUGCUGUACAAGCGCUCAGAAGAUCAGAUAGAAUUGAAAGAAAAACAGCUGUCAACUAUGAGGGUGGAUGUGUGCAGCACAGAAACUCUCAAAUGCUUAAAAGAUAAGACAGGUGGGAAGAAAUUCUCCAAAGAAUUUGAAGAGGCAAGUGCCAAGCUGGAGGAAUUUGUGAAUGGACUAGAUAAGCAGGUGAAAAAUGGGCCCUCACUAACAGAAGCACUUGAAAAUGCUGGAAUUUUCUAUGAAGCACAGUACAAAGAAGUAAAAGUGGUGGCCAAUGCAUAUAAAACCUUCGCUAAUCGAGUGAACAAUUUAAAGAAAAAGCUGGAUCAAUUGAAGUCAACCCUUCCUGAUCCUGAGGAAUCACCAGUCCCUUCCCCAAGCAUGGAUGCUCCCUCCCCAACUGGCUCUGAGUCUCCUUUUCAAGGAAUGGGAGGUGAGGAAUCCCAGUCACCAACCAUGGAGAGUGAGAAAUCUGCCACACCUGAGCCUGCAACAGAUAAUCGUGAUGUGGAAGACAUGGAACUCUCAGAUGUGGAAGAUGAUGGGUCAAAAAUCAUUGAAGACAGGAAGGAAAAACCUGUGGAGAAGUCAGCUGUAUCCACUGCUGUACCUACAAAGCCAACAGAAAGUAUCUCAAAGGCCUCUUCAUGCACUCCAGUGCCUGUGACCAUGACAGCAACCCCACCUCUUCCAAAGCCUGUGAAUACUUCUCUUCUCUCCCCUACUCCAGCACUGGCUUUGCCAAACCUGGCUAAUGUGGAUCUGGCAAAGAUCAGUUCCAUCCUUAGCAGCCUGACAUCAGUCAUGAAAAAUACUGGGGUCAGUCCUGCAUCAAGACCUUCUCCAGGAACUCCUGCAAGUCCCAGCAACCUCACCAGUGGUCUGAAAACACCUGCACCUGCCACGACAACAUCUCAUAACCCUCUAGCAAAUAUCCUCUCGAAGGUGGAGAUCACCCCAGAGAGCAUUCUGUCUGCUCUUUCCAAAACCCAGACACAGUCAGCCCCUGCACUGCAAGGCCUGUCAUCUUUACUUCAGAGUGUUACUGGGAACCCAGUUCCAUCCAGCGAAGCUGCAUCCCAGAGCACUUCGGCUUCCCCUGCCAACACCACAGUCUCUAGCAUAAAAGGAAGAAAUCUGCCCUCCAAUACCCAAUCCUUUAUUCCGAAAAGCUUCAGCUAUUCCCCUAAUUCAUCAACUUCUGAAGUCUCUUCAACUUCAGCCAGCAAGGCCUCAAUUGGGCAAAGCCCAGGGCUCCCCAGCUCUACUUUCAAGCUACCAUCCAACACUCUGGGGUUUACAGGUACCCACAAUACUAGCCCUGCUGCCCCACCUACUGAAGUUGCCAUGUGCCAAUCUUCAGAGAUCUCCAAGCCAAAGCUGGAGUCAGAGUCCACCUCCCCAAGCCUGGAAAUGAAGAUCCACAACUUCUUAAAAGGUAAUCCUGGUUUCAGUGGCUUAAACUUAAACAUCCCAAUCCUGAGCAGUUUGGGAUCCAGUGCCCCAGCAGAAAGCCAUCCCUCAGACUUCCAGCGUGGCCCUACUAGCACAUCAAUCGACAACAUUGAUGGAACCCCUGUGCGGGAUGAACGGAGUGGGACACCCACCCAGGAUGAGAUGAUGGACAAGCCCACAUCCAGCAGUGUAGAUACCAUGUCCCUGCUUUCUAAGAUCAUUAGCCCUGGUUCCUCAACACCCAGCAGUACAAGAUCACCACCCCCUGGGAGAGAGGAAAGCUACCCUCGAGAGCUCUCCAAUUCUGUAUCUACAUAUCGACCCUUUGGCCUGGGCAGUGAAUCACCCUAUAAGCAGCCUUCUGAUGGAAUGGAGAGACCAUCUUCCCUGAUGGACUCUUCACAGGAGAAAUUCUAUCCAGAUACUUCUUUCCAGGAAGAUGAAGAUUACCGAGAUUUUGAGUAUUCAGGGCCUCCACCCUCUGCCAUGAUGAACCUAGAGAAGAAACCAGCCAAAUCUAUCCUGAAAUCAAGCAAGCUUUCUGAUACCACCGAGUACCAGCCCAUCUUGUCCAGUUACAGCCACAGGGGCCAAGAAUUUGGGGUAAAGUCUGCCUUCCCUCCAUCUGUGAGGGCCCUCCUGGACUCUAGUGAGAACUGUGACCGUCUCUCGUCUUCCCCUGGGCUUUUUGGUGCCUUCAGCAUAAGAGGGAAUGAACCUGGGCCUGACCGGUCACCAUCACCGAGUAAGAAUGAUUCAUUUUUCACCCCUGACUCCAACCACAAUAACUUGUCUCAGUCUACCACUGGGCAUCUCAGUUUGCCACAGAAGCAGUACCCAGACUCUCCUCACCCAGUUCCACAUCGUUCCCUUUUCUCUCCGCAGAAUACCCUUGCUGCUCCCACGGGCCACCCACCCACGUCAGGCGUGGAGAAAGUCCUGGCCUCCACCAUUUCCACCACAUCGACGAUUGAGUUUAAGAAUAUGCUUAAAAAUGCCUCACGAAAGCCCUCAGAUGAUAAACAUUUUGGCCAGGCCCCCAGCAAGGGCACUUCAAGUGAUGGUGUCAGUCUCUCAAACCUCUCCCAGCCCAGCUUGACAGCCAGUGAUCAGCAGCAGCAAGAAGAGCACUACCGCAUAGAGACCCGAGUCUCCUCUUCCUGCUUAGACUUGCCUGAUAGUACGGAAGAAAAGGGGGCCCCUAUAGAGACCUUGGGUUAUCAUAAUGCAUCCAAUAGGAGGAUGUCAGGGGAGCCAAUACAGACUGUAGAGUCCAUCCGAGUUCCUGGGAAGGGAAAUAGAGGACAUGGGCGUGAGGCUUCAAGGGUGGGUUGGUUUGAUCUGAGCACCUCAGGCAGCUCUUUUGACAAUGGCCCCUCAAGUGCCUCUGAGUUGGCAUCCCUUGGGGGUGGGGGCAGCGGAGGCCUCACUGGCUUUAAAACAGCACCAUACAAAGAACGAGCACCCCAAUUUCAGGAAAGUGUCGGCAGCUUUCGUUCCAACAGUUUCAACUCAACAUUUGAGCAUCAUCUCCCCCCGUCCCCAUUGGAACAUGGGACACCCUUCCAGAGAGAGCCAGUGGGGCCAUCAUCUGCCCCACCUGCUCCUCCUAAGGAUCAUGGUGGUAUCUUCUCUCGAGAUGCACCCACUCAUCUACCCUCUGUGGAUCUUUCGAACCCCUUCACAAAGGAGGCAGCCCUGGCCCAUGCUGCCCCACCUCCUCCUGGAGAGCACAGCGGAGUUCCUUUCCCCACCCCACCCCCUCCUCCGCCCCCUGGGGAACAUAGCAGCAGUGGCGGGAGUGGCGUCCCUUUCUCCACUCCUCCUCCUCCUCCGCCUCCUGUUGACCACUCUGGGGUUGUACCCUUCCCGACCCCACCACUGGCAGAGCACGGAGUGGCGGGGGCUGUGGCAGUAUUUCCCAAGGACCAUAGUUCCCUCCUUCAGGGGACCCUGGCUGAUCAUUUUGGGGUGCUCCCAGGACCCAGGGACCAUGGGGGCCCCACCCAACGGGACCUCAACGGCCCUGGCCUUAGCCGUGUACGCGAGAGCCUGAGCCUACCCUCCCUUUCUCUGGAGCACUUGGGCCCAGCCCAUGGAGGAGGAGGUGGGGGAGGCAGCAGCAACAGCAGCGGCCCCCCCUUGGGUCCCUCACACAGAGACGCCAUCAGCCGGAGUGGUAUGAUCUUGCGGAGUCCCCGGCCAGACUUCCGGCCUAGGGAACCUUUUCUCAGCAGAGACCCUUUUCACAGUUUAAAGAGACCCAGGCCACCUUUCGCUAGGGGCCCUCCGUUCUUUGCACCAAAACGCCCAUUCUUCCCUCCCAGGUACUGAUGGAAACUAAGGGAAAGGCAUUUUGAACAGUCUAGAGAGAAUUGGAAGUAGGAGUUUGGUUUAUUAUUGUUGUUUUUGUUUGUUUUCCCUCCUUUGAUUUAUUUUUUCUUUUUUUUAUUAUGACAGAGGACCUCCCUUCCAAAUUAAAAAGUCCCAUGUGCAUAUGCCCACAUUUCACUAUUCCAUCCAGUCCUGCCUCCCACUGCACUUACACCCACCUUCUCCAACUUGUUUGUAUUUUAAGGGGGUGGGGGGCAAAGAAACACAACCAAAGCCACUUCAUUUGGCUGGGGGUUUGAGGGGUGGGGAGGAAAACAGCUCGUAUCUUACCCCAUCUAUGGAAGAGUAUUAUUACAUUUGAAAUAAAACUUCCAUCAGUACAGAUAAUAACAUGUGCAAUGUUGGGAUGUUAUUUUGGGCUUGGCAUGUCAAAAGUAGUCAGUGGAAGGAUUCCUGUCCCCUUCUCUCUGCAGCUCCGUUACUGCUGUAACCAGUGUGGCUCUCUUCCCUGUAUGCUCUGUGGCCUGCUGACAGCCAGGAGAUGUUGCAGGGGAGAAAUGUGGGAGACCUGGGACCUGUCAAGUUGUUUUGUUCUGCUUUGUUUUGUUUUUAAAGGCAUGUUGCAGUUGAGUUCUUUACCUCUCUCCUAAAAUCUAAAGCUUCUUUUUUUUUUCUUCUUUUUUUUCCUCUUCUAAAGUACUAUCAGGCAGUAACUUUGAGGAGAUACGGACCUCAUUUUAUCCUAGUAAAAAAUUUUCCUCUUUAUACUUGGAGUGAAAGAAAGGGGGCUGGAUAUAAUUUAAAGUUUAAAAUAAGGAGUAGCUACAAUAUAGAGCGCUAGAGAAAGGAACUGUUAAAUGGUGUGUUGUGACCUGCCCAUCUGUCAUAAACGAGGAAACAUUUCUGAGGUAGUUUCACACAUCUUGCACCAAGUUCUUGCUUCCUGCUUUUCUUUCUUGACUUUUUCCUCCCUCAGUUUUCAUUUCUGCUUUAGCCAGAGAGAAAGUCACUACAGUUGACAAUUGAUAUGAAGGUGUAACUGAAAUGUUAUCAAAUAUUAUCCCUGUAUUUUUUAAUAAGUACACAUUUUUACCAUGGUGCCUCCCUAACGUAAGUGACAUUUAUUGGUAGUUUUCAGCAAAAGUUAACUACAAGGGAAAGGGAAAUAUUUGUCUUUAUCUUUCUUUUCCCCUUGACCUAGUCCUGUAUUCACCCCUCUUCUUGGUAUUUCGAAGGAGGAAGUUCAGUAGCAUCUUUCUUUAUAUUAUACCUCUUUAGAUCUGUCUUAGUGACAAGUGGAUAUUAUUAUAUGUAUCUUUACAGAGAAACAGGAGGACCCGAUAAAUUCAAAUUUACCCCACUCUACAGAUAGCAGCCUGUCACAUUUCAAGGCUCAAUCCUUAACCUCACCUCCCACUCUCAAUAGAAAAUAAUGUUUCUGCCCUUAGUCAUUUUCCACGAGAAAGGAAUGCUUUUCUUGUCCCUGAACUGAAAGGCUUCUUAUUUGUAUUUCUACAACUAGUACUGGGAAAAAGACAAUCACUGCAUUCUGAGUGUUUAUAUCUAGGGACACUGAAAGGCAAAUGUUGCUUUACUACUCUUUUUUAUUUAGUGUCUUACCCCAAGGUACACACUGGUCAUCUCCAGCCAGAUGAGUAAAAGAAAAGGAAAUUCUAGCAAGUUUCAUAUUUUCUUCCAAGUUAGUAUAGGAGUAACUGUAGGAAGUAUGGGGAUUGCCCUGGAUUCCUCCAGCGAAAUAUUAAAGAUGGGAGAGAGUGGGCAGUGUAGUGACAGAAGAUGAUUAUUUGUCUCAAAAGAAACUUGCUUUUCAGAUAAAGAGCGUUUCAGAUAAAGAGCAGCUUAAACCAGGUGUGCAUCAUAGUUUGGGAGUUUUUGUGUAAUUUAUUCCAUAUUAUUUAUUUGGGCUCGUCAUGUUUUCUUUGGUUAGGAUCCUGCAGGUCAUUCAUCUUCCUAAUGCGUUUCUGGUUUUAAGCCAACUGUUCUUUCUUUCUUUGACCUUCUCAAGCCUCUCUGCCCUGUAGCUUCCCCCCCCCCACCCCCUGCAAAAAUGCAUGAUACCACGACCUUGUAAGUGGGGUGGGGUAUAUAGUGUAGCAAAGCAAAGAAACAGUACAGUUAUAUUGAGUCCUAAGACAUUUGUUUAGAGAAAAGUAUAAGAGAGUGUGAGGGUGGGGGUGGGGGGAGGGAAAGGGAGAGUUCUCUCUGACUCGAAACUGGGAUAGGAUUUUUCUUCCUUUGCAGAAAAGUGGGAUGUUUUUUUAUUCUAGAAUAAAAGAAUGUGAAUUCUUUUUGCUGCUCUCGUUUAAGCUAAAAGUAGUGUUUACUUGAAAAGGCUCUCUGACCAUUUGAUUUUAUCAGAAAAUGCGGGGUUGUCAGGACAGUGGCUUCCUGAAUGUUGGGGCAGGGCUAUUGUCCUCAAAAGCAUGAUAGCUAAUCCAUGAAAGAAGGACCUUGUUGUACAGUUUAAAAGAUGGACUUUUAAGGGUUGGUUUUUUUGUGGAGUGUUUUUUUUUUUUUUUUUAAGCCACAGAAUCCUCAGUGCAUUUGUUUCAAGAUGGAAGUGAGGAUUUGUAUGUGACUUGUCAGCUGUUGUUAACUUUAAGGAAAUCUGUCUACAGCAGUAAAUGAAGACAACAAUGUAUAUAUGUGAUAUAGUGAAACAAAAAAGACAAUUCUGGUAUUCAUAACAUGAAACAAAGGGGUUUUAUUCUUUCUUUGUCUGUGAUUUAAAACUCCGUGCCCAUGCUCUGACUUUUGUAUUUCAACCUGAGUUUAAAAAAUAAACAAGAUUUUUUUAAAGAAAGCAUAGCAUAGUGUAUCUUGGCAAGGACAUGAUUCAUAUGCAAGCAGAAUAUGUGAAGUUGUUACUAACGUCCUUGGUGCUCACUGUAAAA